AUGGACGUGGACGUGGACUUGGACGUGGACGUGGGCGUGGACGUGGACGUGGACGUGGACGUGGAUGUGGACGUCGACGUGGACGUGGUCGUGGACAUGGACGUUGACGUGGACGUGGACGUGGUCGUGGACGUGGACGUGGACGUGAACGUGGAGGUGGACGUGGUCGUGGACGUGGAUGUAGACGUGGAGGUGGACGUGGACGUGGACAUGGACUUGGACGUGGACGUCGACGUGGACGUGGACGUGGACGUCGACGUCGACAUGGACUUGGACGUAGACGUGGACGUGGACGUAGACGUGGACGUGGACAUGGACGUGGUCGUGGACGUGGAAGUGGUCGUGGACAUGGACGUGGAAGUGGUCGUGGACGUGGACGUGGACGUGGACGUGGACUUGGACGUGGACGUGGACAACGACGUCGACGUAGACGUGGUCGUGGACGUGAACGUGAAGGUGAACGUGGUCGUCGACAUGGACGUGGAUGUAGAGGUGGACGUGGACGUGGACGUGGACUUGGACGUGGACGUAGACGUGGACGUGGACGUGGACGUGGACUUGGACGUAGACGUGGACGUGGUCGUGGACAUGGACGUGGACGUAGACAUGGACGUGGACGUAGAUGUGGACGUGGACAUGGACGUGGACGUGAACGUGAACGUGGAGGUGGACGUGGUCGUGGACGAGGUGGACGUGGACGUGGACAUGGAGGAUGUGGACGUGGACGUGGACCUGGACGUGGACGUGGACUUGGACGUGGACGUGGACGUGGAUAUGGACGUGGACGUGGAUAUGGACAUUGAAGUGGUCGUGGACUUGGACGUGGUCGUGGACGUGGACGUGGACGUGGUCGUGGACGUGGACGUGGACGUGGUCGUGGACGUGGAAGUGGUCGUGGAUGUGGACGUGGACGUGGUCAUGGACGUGGACGUGGACGUGGACGUGGACGUGGACUUGGACGUGGACGUGGACGUGGAGGUGGACGUGGUCGUGAACGUGGAGGUGGACGUGGUCGUGGACGUGGACGUCGACUUGGAAGACGUGGACGUGGACGUGGAGGAUGUGGACGUGGACGUGGAUGUGGACGUGGACGUGGACCUGGACGUGGACGUGGACUUGGACGUGGACGUGGACGUGGACAUGGACGUGGACGUGGUCGUGGACGUGGAAGUGGUUGUGGACGUGGACGUGGUCGUGGACGUGGACGUGGACUUGGACGUGGACGUGCACGUGGACGUGGUCGUGGACGUAGACGUGGACGUGGUCGUGGACGUGGACGUGGACGUGGACCUGGACGUGGACGUGGUCGUGGACGUGGACGUGGUUGUGGACGUGGACGUGGUCGUGGACGUGGAUGUGGACAUCGUGGACGUGGUCGUGGACGUGGACGUGGACGUGGACAUACGUGGACGUGGAGGUGUACGUGGACGUGGAGGUGGAGGACGUGGACGUGGACGUGUACGUGGACUUGGACAUGGCAUGGACGUGGACGUGGUCGUGGACAUGGACGUGGACGUGGACGUGGACUUGGACGUGGACGUGGACGCGGACGUGGACGUGGACGUGGACGCGGACGUGGACGUGUACGUGGACGUGGACGUGGACGUGUACGUGGACGUGGACGUGGACGUGGACAUGGACGUGGACCUGGACGUGGACGUGGACAUGGACGUGGACGUUGACGUGGACGUGGACCUGGACGUGGACCUGGACGUGGACGUGGACGUGGACGUGGUCGUGGACGUGGACGUGGACGUGGACGUGGACGUGGUCGUGGACGUGGACGUGGUCGUGGACGUGGACGUGGACGUGGACCUGGACCCGGACCUGGACCUGGACAUGGACAUGGACGUGGACGUGGACUUGGACGUGGACGUGGACGUGGAGGUGGACGUGGUCGUGAACGUGGAGGUGGACGUGGUCGUGGACGUGGACGUCGACUUGGAAGACGUGGACGUGGAGGAUGUGGACGUGGACGUGGAUGUGGACGUGGACGUGGACGUGGACGUGGACUUGGACGUGGACGUGGACGUGGACAUGGACGUGGACGUGGUCGUGGACGUGGAAGUGGUUGUGGACGUGGACGUGGUCGUGGACGUGGACGUGGACUUGGACGUGGACGUGCACGUGGACGUGGUCGUGGACGUAGACGUGGACGUGGUCGUGGACGUGGACGUGGACGUGGACCUGGACGUGGACGUGGUCGUGGACGUGGACGUGGUUGUGGACGUGGACGUGGUCGUGGACGUGGAUGUGGACAUCGUGGACGUGGUCGUGGACGUGGACGUGGACGUGGACAUACGUGGACGUGGAGGUGUACGUGGACGUGGAGGUGGAGGACGUGGACGUGGACGUGUACGUGGACUUGGACAUGGCAUGGACGUUGACGUGGUCGUGGACAUGGACGUGGACGUGGACGUGGACUUGGACGUGGACGUGGACGUGGACGUGGACGCGGACGUGGACGUGUACGUGGACGUGGACGUGGACGUGUACGUGGACGUGGACGUGGACGUGGACAUGGACGUGGACCUGGACGUGGACGUGGACAUGGACGUGGACGUUGACGUGGACGUGGACCUGGACGUGGACCUGGACGUGGACGUGGACGUGGACGUGGUCGUGGACGUGGACGUGGACGUGGACGUGGACGUGGUCGUGGACGUGGACGUGGUCGUGGACGUGGACGUGGACGUGGACCUGGACCCGGACCUGGACCUGGACAUGGACAUGGACGUGGACAUGGACGUGGAGGACGUGGAGGUGGACGUGGAGGACGUGGACGUGGACGUGCACGUGGACGUUGACGUGGUCGUGGACGUGGACGUGGACGUGGAUGUGGACGUGGUCGUGGACGUGGACGUGGACGUGGUCGUGGACAUGGACGUGGACGUAGACGUGGUCGUGGACGUGGACUUGGACGUGGACGUGGACGUGGAUGUGGAUGUGGACGUGGACAUGGACAUGGACACGUGGACCUGGACCUGGACGUGGACGUGGACUUGGACGUGGACGUGGACAGACGUGGACGUGGACGUGGACCUGGACCUGGACGUGGACCUGGAUGUGAACCUGGACGUGGACGUCGACUUGGACGUGGACUUGGACGUGGACGUGGACGUGGACAUCGUCGUGGACGUGGACGUAGACAUGGACGUGGACGUAGACGUGGUCGUGGUCGUGGACGUGGAUGUGGAUGUGGACGUGGAGGUGGACGUGGAUGUGGACGUGGAGGUGGACGUGGUGGAUGUGGACGUGGACGUGGACAUGGACGUGGACGUGGAGAACGUGGACGUGGACGUGGAGGACGUGGACGUGGACGUAGACGUGGACUUGGACGUGGAAGUGGUCGUGGACGUGGUGGACGUAGACGUGGACGUGGACGUGGACGUGGAUCUGGACGUGGACGUGGACGUGGACGUGGACUUGGAUGUGGACGUGGACGUGGACGUGGACGUGGAGGCGGACGUGGUCGUGGACGUGGUGGACGUGGACGUGGACCUCGAUGUGGAGGACCUCGAUGUGGAGGACGUGGACGUGGACGUGGAGGACGUGGACGUGGACCCGGACGUGGACGUGGACCUGGACGUGGACGUGGACACGGAUGUGGACGUGGACGUGGUCGUGGACGUGGACGUGGACGUGGUGGUGGAGGUGGACGUGGACGUGGUCGUGGACGUGGACGUGGUCGUGGACAUGGACGUGGACGUGGACGUGGACGUGGACGUGGACUUGGACGUGGACGUGGACGUCGACGUGGACGUGGACGUGGACGUGGUCAUGGACGUGGACGUGGACGUGGACGUGAACGUGGAGGUGGACGUGGUCAUGGACGUGAACGUGGACGUAGACGUGGACGUGGACGUGGUCGACGUGUACGUGGACGUGGACUUGGACGUGGACUUGGACGUGGACGUGGACGUGGACGUAGACGUGGACGUGGACGUAGACGUGGUCGUGGACGUGGACGUGGAUGUGGAUGUGGAGGUGGACGUGGUUGUGGACGUGGUGGAUGUGGACGUGGACGUGGACGUGGACAUGGACGUGGAUGUGGACAUGGACGUGGACGUGGAGAACGUGGACGUGGACGUGGAGGACGUGGACGUGGACAUGGACGUGGACGUGGAGAACGUGGACGUGGAGGACGUGGACGUGGACGUGGACGUGGACUUGGACGUGGAAGUGGUCGUGGACGUGGACGUGGUCGUGGACGUGGACGUGGACGUAGAGGUGGACGUAGUCGUGGACGUGGUGGACGUGGACGUGGACGUGGAGGACGUGGACGUGGACGUGGACGUGGACUUGGACGUGGUCGACGUGGACGUGGACGUGGUCGUGGACGUGGACGUGGACGUGGACGUGGAGGUGGACGUGGUCGUGGACGUGGUGGACGUGGACGUGGACCUGGACGUGGAGGACAUGGACGUGGACGUGGAGGACGUGGACGUGGACCUGGACGUGGACGUGGACCUGGACGUGGACGUGGACAUGGAUGUAGACGUGGACGUGGACGUGGUCGUGGACGUGGACGUGGACGUGGUGGUGGACGUGGACGUGGACUUGGACGUGGUCGUGGACGUGGACGUGGACGUGGACGUGGACGUGGACUUGGACGUGGACGUGGACGUCGACGUAGACGUGGACGUGGACGUGGUCAUGGACGUGGACGUGGACGUGGACGUGAACGUGGACGUAGACCUGGAAGACGUGGACGUGGACGUGGAGGAUGUGGACGUGGAUGUGGAUGUAGACGUGGACGUGGACCUGGACGUGGACUUGGACGUGGACGUGGACGUGGACGUUGACGUGGACGUGGACGUGGUCAUGGACGCGGAAUUGGUCGUGGACGUGGACGUGGACGUGGACGUCGACGUGGACGUGGUUGUGGACGUGGACAUGGACGUGAACGUGGAGGUGGACGUGGUCGUGGCCAUGGACGUGGACGUAGACGUAGACGUGGACGUGGACGUGGACGUGGACUUGGACAUCGACGUAGACGUGGAAGUGGACGUGGACGUGGACGUCGACGUGGACUUGGACGUGGACGUGGACGUAGACGUGGACGUAGACGUGGACGUGUACGUGGUCGUGGACGUGGAAGUGGUCGUGGACGUGGACGUGGUCUUGGACGUGGACGUGGACGUGGUCGUGGACGUGGACGUGGACGUGGACUUGGACGUGGACGUGGGCGUGGAUGUGGACGUGGACGUGGACGUGGAUGUGGACGUCGACGUGGACGUGGUCGUGGACAUGGACGUCGACAUAGACGUGGACGUGGUCGUGGACGUGGACGUGGACGUGAACGUGGAGGUGGACGUGGUCGUGGACAUGGAUGUAGACGUGGAGGUGGACGUGGACGUGGACAUGGACUUGGACGUGGACGUAGACGUGGACGUGGACGUGGACGUCAACGUGGACGUGGACUUGGACGUGGACGUGGACGUGGACGUGGACGUAGACGUGGACGUGGACAUGGACGUGGUCGUGGACGUGGAAGUGGUCCUGGACAUGGACGUGGACGUGGACGUAGAGGUGGACGUAGUCGUGGACGUGGUGGACGUGGACGUGGACGUGGAGGACGUGGACGUGGACGUGGACGUGGACUUGGACCUGGUCGUGAACGUGAUGUGGACGUGGACAUGGACCUGGACGUGGUCGUAG